AUGACUGGCACCAAAGAUGAUGAGCCUCAUGUCGAUACCAUCGAAGGAUCGACCACAAAGGCCCUUGCGGAGGAGGACCAGGCAUACGGAACCGUGCAGCUACUCCAAGGCGGUUCCAUUGUCCUAAUUCCCACUCCUAGUCCUGAUCCCAAAGACCCUCUCAACCUUCCAGCAUGGCACAAGUACCUCAUUAUUUUUGUUGUCGGCUCAUAUUCCGCUAUCGCCGUUCUCGUCACAUCCGGCCUCGGCGCCGUGUUUCCCUCCGUGUUGAAGGAGUACCCCCCCGAAGACGCCAAGCGAGCCUCGGACCUCCUAACAUACCCGACCCUGUUCAUGGGAAUCGGUAACCUCUUCUCCAUGCCGCUCUGCGUGACCAUCGGGAGGCGGCCCGUAUUUCUCAUGUCAAUGAUUUUACUGGUCUUGUCCGGGUUAUGGUGCGCUUUCUCGACGUCUCUCAGCAGUCAUAUUGCCGGUCGAAACUUUUACAGCAUCGCCGCUGGUCAGAGCGAAGCGCUGGCGCCCUUCAUCAUCGAAGAGAUUCACUUCCUUCAUGAAAGGAGCGCUAAGCUGUCUUGGUUUAUUGGUGUUCAGACGGUGGGGACGGCAGCAAUGUUUGUUGCGACAGCUUAUAUCGUCCCUUCCCUGGGGCUCAAGUGGUGGUAUCUCAUCAUUGCCUUCAUCAAUGCCGCUAUCCUCGUCCUUGCUUUCUUCUUCGCUGUAGAAACCAAGUAUGAUCGGCCGAUUGAUGCCGACAGGGGCGCUGUCCAUCUGAAGUUGGACGACGACGGCAACGUCGACAGAAAUGGCGACAACGAGAUGGUCUUCCAAGUUCUCACGCGAGAAAACCAUGUCCUACAACCAGAUGUCUUCGGUCCCCGAACCUGGCGCCAUAACUUGACGGUCUUCCACUUCAAACCCGAGUGGAAACAGACAGUUAUCUUUUACAAGGAGACGCUGCAGUCACUCUGGCUGCCGAAUAUUGUCUGGAUGCUGUUGAUUAACGGCGCCUUUUUAGGAAUCUACAUCUACCAGGCCUCAACUUUUGCGACCAUCCUGAUGUCGCCUCCGUACACUUUCAAAUAUGACUGGCUAGGAUAUGUUCAACUGGUUCAGGUUCUCGACUGCGUCGUCAUGGUGCCCCUGCUUGGUUACGGAUCUGAUAUGCUAGCGCGGGCUAUGAGUAAUUGGAAGAAUGGGACUUUCCAGCCCGAAUACAGACUCAUCAUCCUCAGCAUUCCAAUCCUAUCAGCCAUCAUCUCCUGCGUCUUUUACGGACAAGCAGGCGCGUACCCGGACCGCUGGCACUGGAUGACGAUUGUAGCACCUUACAACCUCGGCUACUUUGCCUUCCUUGGAGCAAACCUCAUCGGCAUCACCUACGCCAUUGACAGUUUCCGGAGCAAAGCCGGACCUCUUCUCUUGGUGCUGUGCGCGGGUCGGGGCUUCAUCUCCUUUGGUCUGAGUUAUUCCACAGUUCCUUUGAUCAAUCUGAUAGGGUACAAUGGCGCCAUGAAUAUCUUCGCAAUCAUUGCGGGUGUCUUGGGGGCCAUCACUGUCCCUGUGUAUCUGUUUGGGCCGCGUGUUAGGAUGUGGGCUACGAAGAGAAUUUGGCCUGAGAUUGGUUCUCAUUAA